AUGAACAUUAGACAAGCAACCGUGAACGAUCUGCUGGAAAUGCAAAACUGCAACCUGCUCGACCUUCCCGAGAACUAUCAAAUGAAGUACUAUCUCUAUCACGCACUUUCAUGGCCACAGCUUUCUUAUGUUGCAGAGGAUGAUAAUGGCAAGAUAGUUGGCUAUGUGCUUGCAAAGAUGGAGGAAGAACCAAGCGAUGUGCCUCAUGGUCAUAUUACAUCCAUCUCAGUCAUGCGAACCUAUCGACGUCUUGGAUUGGCUGAAAAGCUUAUGAAGCAAGCAACAUCGCAAAUGGUCGAAGUCUUUGAUGCCCACUACGUUUCGUUGCAUGUCCGAAAAACCAACCGUGCUGCCAUUGGUCUUUAUCGUGAUACGCUUCACUUUGAGGUGCAUGACAUUGAAAAGAAAUACUAUGCCGAUGGUGAAGAUGCCUAUGCAAUGCGCUUGACACUCAAGGAACCCAAGAAGAAGCAACCUCUUCGAGGUGUGGUGGAAGAAGUCAACCAAGUGGCUGCUGCCGCCGCCGCUACUGCUGAAGCCAAGUAA